UGCCGCCUCGCCUCGCCCUGCUGCGAUCCCAGCCGCCUGCAGCCGCGCCCUGAGCACCGACAAGGGCGCCGUUUCCGAGAGGCAUCUGCGGCUCGAGCCUCUCCCGAAGCGCUGCUGAGCGCCCCGAACCACCUGGCACCGCCUGUGUCCGUCCAUUGCUCUGCCUGUUGUCCCUGGGCCUUGCCGGUUCCUUUGUGUCCUUGCCCGCGGCCUCUUUGUCGCUGCAGCCCGCAGCUCGUGCGGCACCGCUCGCGGCAUCAUAUUUCGUCGUUGUCGUUGUCGUCGUCGUUGGUUACCGCCUGUCCUGUCGCGCGCUGCCCGUCGCUCGUUGCCGCUCGCAACAUCUCUUGGGUCGCGCUCCGCCGCUCACUCGUGCCUGCGGCAUGAUCACGCCCAAGCACGAUGGAAGCGGCGCGGAAGACGAUCAAGGAGCUCGGCCAGCGCAUCCUGCCAGAACGACCCCAUCACCUAGCCUUCCACCCCGAAUGGCGCUUUCGCCCCGGCCCCGGUGACGGCAAUGCCUUUGAGGAAUGGAACCAUCCCCGCCUGCAGUACCUGACGCUGCUGUCCGAUUCCGAUCGCGGCAUCCUCUUGACAAAGUCCGACUAUGACAUGCGGGAGGAGCCCGCCAAGCCGCUGCCACGCGAGGUCAACGCGCUGGCCAAGGGCGGCGAGAAGAAGAAGCUGUCGCUGAGCGACUACAAGAACAAGAAAACGGGCGCCACGUCGUCCACGUCGCCCCCCGAGCCCUCAAUCGCCAGGAAGAAGGAGAGCGAACGCGCCGGCGAGCUGGCCGCCACCAACAGCAACAACAGCAACACCACCACCCGACUGGCUCGCGAACCAGCCGCCGACAUGAGAUUACCUCUUAAACCUCCCACCAAACACCCACUGCCGCCCCGACCCCCCUCUCCCGUCCCCAAGAAACGCGUGGCAGACCUGGACGACGACUCGCGACCGCACAAGCGCUCCAGACCCGAAGGCGGCAAGUAUGCCGAUGACCGAGCAUCGCUCUCCCGCGAUGACGCGCAGAGGCGCAAGGAUAGAGCCCCCGCGAUGGCCUCGAGGGAUGCGCCUCAACACAGGGAUGACAGGCCACCCGCCCCAGUCGCCAAUUCCUCCUCGCUCCCCAACGGCAGAGCCCUUCUCAAAAGCGCCAUGGGCUCCAGUCGCAACAACACCUCGCCCGCGCAUCGUCCACGAGGCGACUCCAUGAAUGGUGUUCGACCUCCCGGCUCGGGAAGCAACCGGGUCACGCCCACAAAGUCCGAGGCGCAAAAGGCCAGCGUGCCGCCUCUGCUAUCCCCCCUCCACCUUACCUUUGAUGACCGCGAUGCCGAAGAAAGAUCGCUGGCGAAACAAAACAAGAAGAGAUCCCUCGAAGAGUCACAGGCCCAGCCCAAGUCGCCGAGCCGCCAGCAUAAAAAAUCUGAGUCCACAUCAGAGCUCAAGAGACCACAGUCGCCCUUGCGGCUCCCACCGCUGCUCUCGCCCACUUUGCCGCCGGUCGUGGAAGCUGCUCUGCAGCUGAGGAAGAAGAAGUCCUUGGAGCUCGCGGAAGGCAAACCCGCCAAGAGCAAAGACGACAAAGAGAAAGAGCCGCCAUCAAAGAAGAAGAGGCCCGCAGCGAACGACUUGUCGGACGCCGACGAUGACGACGAGCCCCUUUUUCAACGGCCGCGCAAAUCACUCGUCGUCACGCUCAAGGUGCCCAAGAAGCUGCGACGCGACUUCAAACGCAUCCUGGCCCUGUCGUCUUCAACCGCUGCCCGGAAGGAGCUGCAGGCCCAGAACCAGGAACGCUCCGCUCCGCCUGAGGACUCUUUCCAGCCUCCACCCGCGAGGAAACGGCCCGUUGCUCCUGGUGACGCGUCAGGUACAAGAGAGACUUCCACCUCGCAGAAGAAGCCCAGGGUUCCCGACAUUCCCAGCUCGUCCCGUUUGCCCGCCCCGACUACACCAUCCAAGAGAGGAGCUACCUCCAUGUCCCGCGUCAGCUCGAGCAACUCGCUGGCCCAAACUCCCGGAGACAACACCGUCAACGCGACUCCAUCCGCUCCGGCCUCUUCUGACCGCCGGGUCAAUGGUCAGGCCAUGAAUCACCCCGAAUCCGUCGAGGCCAGGGCCAUGAGGGACAAAGAAGCUCGUCUCUCUACUCUUGGACGCCGCCUUAAGCACGAGGCAGACACGGCAAUGAGAGGUGGUGCCGGUGGCAACGAGCCCGAUCUCAAGAGGGGCUAUGCCAUCAGCGUAGAGAGUCUGCUGGCGUUUAUGGCCGGCUUUCAGGCACAAAAUAUGUAUCGCGGGUUGUGCAAUAAGAGGAGUGACCCGUCAGGAUGGUCCAGCCUGUUCCCCUUGCUCGAAUUCAUCGAGGGCCAGAUGAAGAGACAGGAGGCCCACACCCGCCGAUUCCUCCCCCUCUUUGUGCUGGUCCUCAACAUACACCUGCUCGCCAUCACGGAGCUGAUUCGGUGCCAUGUGACGGUCGAGAACGCGGCCGUCACGGUGACAGAUUUCACCCGGCUAGAGCGGAUGCGGUUCCGGCUCUGGUCACAGCUCUCCGAGGCCCUCAACAACAUUGAGGAUCCUGCCUUGCGGCUCGAGAUACCACAGUACCAACCGCUCGACGAUGGGCUGUCGGCGAUCCAUCGCAUGCUCAUUGACUGGUGUCACCAUGAAGACGUCGAUUGGACUCCUGACGCUAAGCUCGAAGAGUCUCUUGUCUCUCGAGGCUAA